AGAGAGGAGCGGGUCCACGUGGCGCGAUUCUGCAUGUUUCCCAGCCAAACACACACACAGACAUUUCUGUGGCCUUCGUCGCGCUUCCAAUUCACGCUUGUUUACCGCAGCGUGACACGUCGCCUCCUCCUUCUCCUUCUUACAUUUACAUCGUCGGCGUCGUCGUCGUCAACAACAACAACCGCUGUUCGCGCGGGUACGACGACGGCGAUAAUGUCGGGCGCAAGCAGCUUCGUCCGGUUCAAGUCGGAAUUCCUCGGCAUCGCUUCCCUCCCCAAGCCCAACUCCCCCGGCAAUGCCCGAGCCAGAGCCAAGCUCGUCGCCUCAACCAGAGCUUCCGGUUCCGGUUCCGGCGGCGGCGAUCGCGGCGGCGACCCGAAGAAGGCCGCGGUGAAGAAGGCGAAGGCGAGCGGGGCUCCAGCUCAGCCGCAGCAGCAGCAGCAGCAGGUGUCGAUAGUGGACCCGGUGGGCCUGGGCCGGCGGUCGCGGCAGAUGUUCGACGAGGUCUGGCGCAAGUUCUCCGGCCUCGGACAGAUCUCCCGCACCUCCCUCUCCGACGGCGACGGCGACGCCGCCCUCCUCCUCCGCGAGUUCGCCAUCCCUGCCGCCCAGUCCACCACCGUCCUCGUCGUCGGCGCCACCAGCCGCAUCGGGCGCAUCCUCGUCCGCAAGCUCAUGCUCCGCGGCUACUCCGUCAAGGCCCUCGUCCGCAGGCCCGACGAGCUCCCCCCCGACGCCCUCCCCCGCUCCGUCGAGGUCGUCGCCGGCGACGUCGGCGACCCCGCCUCCCUCAAGGCCGCCGUCCAGGGGUGCCAGAAGAUCAUCUACUGCGCCACCGCCCGCUCCGCCAUCACCGGCGACCUCUUCAGGGUCGACCACCGCGGCGUCUACAACCUCACCAAGUCCUUCCAGGACCACAACAACCGGCACGCCCAGCUCGGCGCAGGCCGCAGCAGCAAGAGCAAGCUCCUCCUCGCCAAGUUCAAGUCCCCCGAAUCUCUCCAGGGAUGGCAGGUUCGUCGGGGGACCUACUUCCAGGACGUGCUCGCCACCAAGUACGACGCCGGCAUGGACGCCAAGUUCGAAUUCACCGAGACAGGGCAGGCCGUUUUCUCAGGGUAUGUUUUCACUAGAGGAGGCUAUGUCGAGCUGUCGAAAAAGAUCUCGCUUCCUUUGGAUCGCACUCUUGAUCGAUAUGAAGGUCUAGUCCUCUCUGUUGGCGGCAACGGAAGAUCGUACGUGUUAAUUCUUGAAGCGGGUCCUUCGGCCGAUACGACUCAGAGCAAGCUAUACUUUGCGAGAAUCAGCACCAAAGUUGGAUUUUGCAGGGUGAGAGUACCAUUUUCAUCCUUCCGUCCAGUGAAACCGGAUGAUCCUCCAUUCGACCCGUUCCUGGUGCAUACAUUAACGAUUCGAUUUGAGCCCCGAAGACAGAGACCCAUAGAAGGACCUUCAGGUACUAUGCAGGACUUAAGAAGCUUUAAGCUUAUUCUGGAAUAUAUAAAGGCCUUGCCUACGGGGCAAGAAACAGACUUCGUGUUAGUUUCGUGUACGGGACUUGGAAUUGAGCCUUCUAGAAGAGAGCAAGUUCUGAAAGCCAAGAGGGCUGGAGAAGAUUAUUUGAGAAGGUCAGGGCUUGGUUAUACAAUUAUUCGCCCUGGUCCCCUAAUGGAGGAACCCGGCGGUCAACGUGCUCUCAUAUUUGAUCAAGGAAACCGGAUUUCUCAGGGAAUCAGCUGUGCGGAUGUGGCUGAUAUCUGUGUGAAAGCGUUGCAUGACUCAACAGCAAGAAACAAGAGCUUUGAUGUAUGCCAUGAAUAUGUUGCAGAGCAAGGGAGGGAGCUCUAUGAACUGGUGGCACACUUGCCCGAUAAAGCAAAUAAUUACUUGACGCCAGCCCUGUCAGUCCUAGAAAAGAAUACCUGAAAUUGUUGAAGAAUUCAUCUCCCUACUGGACAUGUGAAUCUGGGCAGUAAAAUUGAUCUUAACUGUCCUGUGAAUAUAUGCUGUUACAAUAUCUAAUUGUUCUGCUUGCCCUUUUUUCACAGGCUAGUGUCUUUUGACAAUCCCUGUGUAUAUUGGUGACUUGUAUGUACUUAAGUUUACAGAGUACAGUCUGGAAGAGGCUGAAUUGGCCAACUAUAUGAGAUCCUUGUCAGAAAUUACACGUGGAAUUUAAAAGGAAUUCGACUUCUUGCUUGAA